UUUAGUAGCAAUUUAAAAAUGGUCCUAACCACAAUUUUUAUUCUCACAAUUACACUAGCAUUGAUGUUCAUCAACUUCCCCCUCCAACCUACUUGAAAGCUCCUUUUCUACCACCACUUCCCUCUUUUCCUUCUUUCUCUCAUCCUUCCCAUCUAACCCUCCAAAAGAACAACACAAUCAUUAUUAUUCCUUCAAAAAAAACACACACAAUCAUUAUUAUUUCAAAAUGGUUUUCUAAACAACAAGUUCAAACACCAAACUCAAAAAGUUUGAAGUGAGAAGAAAAAAAAGUUAAAAUAUUAAAAAAGGUAUCUUUUUUGGAGAGAGGGAGAAAAUUAAGCACACCCCAUUUUUUUGUAAUCAUGGGUUGCUCAGCCUCAAAAACAACCACCAUAGUUGCAAAACAAAAUCCAGAGGAUAAUAAUAAUAAUAAUCAAUCACCUUCUGUUUCUUUUCAAUCUUCUUUUUCAUCAACCACUUCUUCUUCUUUUUCUUCUUCUUCUUAUGCUAAUGCUUCACAAUACUUCAAUUCUUCACCACCAGUUAGAAAAGCUUUGUCACUAACAAUGCCUCUUGUUCAUCACCUUCCAACCAAAAAGGGUGACACACACCAUCUUGUUUCACUCACUUCAACCACCUAUGGUUCUCUUCUCCUAAUUGACCAAAAAGUCCCCAACUUUACUUCUCAUGAUGGAACCCAUUUCUCCAAAACCUCUCAAAAUGGAACAAACCAAACAAAUCAAGAACAAUCAUUGUCUCCUGAUUCAGUCAUCAACACUUGGGAACUUAUGCAUGAUUUAGAUGAAGAUUCUUCUCAUGAUAUUAUUGCUAAGGCUCAUAAAGUUUCUAUUUUUGACAACCCUUUGGGUUUCUCAGACAAACAUAGUUCAUGCAGGUACACAACAUUUGAUGGGUCUGCAAAAAAGAACCUGCUUGAUUCAUUUGAGUUACUUAAGGCUUCAGAAACAGUGAUUGAAAAAAAUGCUUCCGAAUUGUUUGUUAAAAAGCCUCUUUGGCAGCAUUUAUCAGAAGAAGCUUUGCUUGCUAAGUUGGAUCCAAGUGUUGCUUGGAGUUAUAGGAGAGCAUUGUCAUCAAGACAAUUAGGUAGCAACAACAACAAUAAAAACAAUCUAUUCAGAGGUGUAAUGUCAAUGGGGUCAAGUCCUAUGAGUAUGAAUUCUUCUUCUUCUACUACUUGUUCUUUGUUUGAUAAAAGUUUGUGUGCUUUACCUGGUACUGAAGACAGAAUAGUUGUUUAUUGCACAAGUUUGAGAGGGAUAAGAAAGACUUAUGAAGAUUGUUGUUCAGUGAGGAUGAUUUUGAGGGGAUUUAGAGUUGUAGUUGAUGAAAGAGAUAUCUCUAUGGAUUCAUCUUAUAGGAAAGAAUUGCAGAAUGCACUUGGUGGCAAAGUGGUGACACUGCCACAGGUGUUUAUCAGAGGGAAACAUGUUGGGAAUGCAGAGGAGAUGAAACAGUUGAAUGAAUCUGGUGAAUUGGCAAAACUUUUGAAAGGUUUUCCAACUCAAGAAUCUUGGUUUGUUUGUGACAAAUGUGGUGAUGCAAGGUUUGUGCCUUGUCCUAAUUGCAAUGGUAGCAGGAAGGUGUUUGAGGAGGAACAAGGAAAAUUGAAAAGGUGUCUUCAUUGUAAUGAGAAUGGAUUGAUAAGAUGCACAAGUUGCUGCUCAUGAUUCGUCGUGAAUCAGUGAUGAACAUUACUGAUUAUUUAUCUUUUAUUACUGUUAUUUUUCUUCUUUUGAAUUUUUCAUGAUAAAUUUGGCAGCUACUAUGAAUGAACAUGCAUAUUUCAAUUUGCUUCUUUAUGUUGUGUAAACCGGCCAUUCUCCAUGCACAACUGCAGACUAAUCACUCGAGCUGGUUAAACUCUCUCUCAAGAGUUUAAUGUUGUUGUAUUCACUCGCGGUGUUAGAUUCGAACUUUGAACCUUUGGUAAUUUAAUUCAAGUGCUCUUGGUAA